CUGCCGUAGCUUCCGCAUCAAUCCCGGAUCUCUCCCUCAGCGUGUGAGGAUGGGUGUUGGCUUUUAGAAAAAGAUGCUGAACCCUUCUGAAGUGACUCACCAGAGUGGGGGCAACUGGCUUGGUUGAAGGUCCACUUCACUUAGUUUUCAUGGUCUGCUACUCCAGGAUCAAGAGGAUUAUUGGAUAACAGGAAGGAGUUAGCCCUGAUAAGUGCUGUUCAUCACUGUUACUAGACAGUCAGUGAGAAAGGAAACCCAGGUGGAUUCUAGGCCUGGAGAAUGCUGUGGCUUCUAUUAGCCUAACUAGUGUGCAGGCCAAAGAAGCGUGUGUAAGAUGCUAUCGAGGAUGGGGUGUGGGGGCUGUAGCUUAGACGUUCUAUAUUUGCCUGAUAUGUGAGGCCCUGUGUUCAGUACACAGUCUCAGCAAAAAAGGGUUGUAAAGGAUUAAACUUGUGCUAUUUUCCAAGGGAUCACGGGAGAAAUGGGAGAUCAUAAGAAUGUGCCUUGAAAUACUCAUGCUUUCUUUCCUAAAAACUCUGUUGCCUUCCUUGGGAGCAGCCAAGCCAUCUUUGGUCAUCAUUGGUUCGUACAAGCUGUCAGGGGGUUUAAAGUCUCCCCUGCUUCCCUACACCCCCACCCCAUCUGUCCAAGAGCAGUGCUGGUCAUGUUGUUUGGAUUAUUCCAGAACAUUCAUUGAGGGGAUUAAUCUGUGUCUAAUCCAUUGGUUGACGGGUCCCUUUCAGACAUCGCUCAAUGUGGUGACAAGAGCUGGGCCUGCCCCAUAAAGAAGCCCUGGCAGUUGAUUUCCUGCCCGCUACCCUCUUGUCCACCUAUAUGACUAGAAGAUGUGGAGCCCUCGAUCCCUUGGAGGAGGAGGAGAAGGAGGAGGAGGGGGAGGAGACAUAGAUACAUACAAAGGGUCUAAUUUGUGUGGGAUUGGACCAACAGCCAAGACCCUUGGUAUGACUCCAAACAGAACUAGCUGCAGCCCAUGAGUGAGCAGUUCCCCAGACCCCAUCAGACUGGCCGUUCUGAGACCAGAGUGUGUGAAAUAGUGGCUCCUUCCUGUACCGUAUUAAUUGCUAUCUGUCUCCUGUUUGUCUAUAACCUACAUCCAUCCAAUUUAUCCCCUUGGUAGCUGAGGCUGCAUGCUAUGACUUCUAACCUGUUCUGAACUCUGGGUCUGUUCUGUCCUGACAGGUGGAACUCAAUGAGCUUUUGGCCAAUAGCUCUAAGCUCACACUGGGGUCUUCCUUGCUCAUAACCACCCUUGCUGUGAUCUUAUUCUUGGUCCUGUUUUAUCCCCCUGAGCCUGUGUCCCUGUCUUAGUUUCUUUCUCAGGGCAUCAGUUCCCAGUUCAAUGGUCUUGUGCUGGGUCUCAGCUUCUUAGGAUAGAACUUCCUAAUACAUAUUGCUCACUGUCAGUCUCUCAGGGACCAGUGGCAGAGUUUUCACUCCUGGCUUUGGGAGAGCUUCCCUGGGGAGGAUGCACUUCUGCCUUGGAGGAUGAAGAUGCAGAUGGCAGUGUCCCCAUGCCCACCUCCUUCUGCUCUGUCCACAGCACUUCCUCACAGCCCUGGGGGGCCUUGUGGCUGUGCCGCUCAUUCUGGCCAAGGACCUGUGCCUGCAGCAUGACCCCCUGACCCAAAGCUACCUCAUCAGCACCAUUUUCUUCGUCUCGGGCAUCUGCACCCUCCUGCAAGUGUUUCUGGGGGUCAGGCUGCCCAUUCUUCAAGGAGGGACCUUUGCUUUUGUGGCACCCUCUCUGGCCAUGCUCUCUCUUCCUGCCUGGAAAUGCCCGGAGUGGACUCUCAAUGCCAGCCAGGUCAACACCAGCUCUCCUGAAUUCAUUGAAGAGUGGCAGAAGAGGAUCCGAGAGUUGCAGGGCGCUGUCAUGGUGGCCUCCUGUGUCCAGAUGCUGGUGGGUUUCUCCGGUCUCAUUGGCUUUCUCAUGCGCUACAUCGGCCCCUUGACCAUCGCCCCAACCAUUUCUCUGGUGGCCCUGCCUCUCUUUGAAUCUGCCGGCAAUGACGCCGGUAUCCACUGGGGGAUUUCUGCCCUGACCAUCUUCCUCAUCGUGCUGUUUUCUCAGUACCUCAAAAACGUCGUGGUGCCUGUGCCCAUGUACGGAAGAAAGAAGAAGUGUCACAUCUCCAAACUCAACCUGUUUCAGGUCUUUCCUGUGCUGCUGGCCCUCUGCAUCUCCUGGCUCUUCUGCUUCGUGCUCACUGUCACCAACACCCUCCCCAAGUCCCCCAUGGCAUAUGGCUACAUGGCCCGAACGGACACCAAAGGCAGCGUGCUGAGCCAGGCCCCUUGGUUUCGCUUCCCUUAUCCAGGACAGUGGGGCCUCCCUACCAUCAGCCUGGCUGGAGUCUUUGGGAUCAUUGCUGGAGUGAUCUCCUCCAUGGUGGAGUCGGUGGGCGAUUAUCAUGCCUGCGCUCGGCUGGUCGGGGCCCCGCCCCCUCCGAGGCAUGCCAUCAACCGUGGCAUCGGCAUCGAGGGCCUUGGCUGCCUGCUGGCAGGGGCCUGGGGGACCGGGAAUGGUACCACCUCCUACAGCGAGAACGUCGGGGCACUGGGCAUCACCAGGGUCGGGAGCAGGCUGGUGAUUGUGACUGCAGGCUGCGUGCUGCUCCUGAUGGGCAUGUUUGGGAAGAUUGGGGCAGCAUUCGCUACCAUCCCCACCCCGGUGAUCGGAGGCAUGUUCCUUGUCAUGUUCGGUGUCAUCAGCGCUGUGGGGAUCUCCAACCUGCAGUACGUGGACAUGAAUUCAUCCAGGAACCUCUUUGUGUUUGGCUUCUCCAUCUACUGUGGGCUGGCCAUCCCCAACUGGGUGAACGAGAACCCUGAGAAGUUGCGGACAGGGGUUCUCCAGCUGGACCAGGUCAUCCAGGUGCUCCUGACCACAGGCAUGUUUGUCGGUGGAUUCCUGGGCUUUGUCUUGGACAACACCAUCCCUGGCACCCUGGAGGAGAGAGGCCUCUUGGCAUGGAAUCAAAUCCAGGAGGAUUCUGAGGAAACUUCGAAGGCCUCGAAGAUCUACGGCCUUCCCUGGGGGAUUGGCACCAAGUUCUGCACAUCUUCUUGUACCCGGGCCCUCCCCUUCUGGCCCAGGCUAGACCACCAUGGGGAUGAGGUGGGAGUGAGCCAGCUCACUCUGUGUCCCCAGACUUCCUCUGGAAAGCACCUGCGGAGUGUAACAGAAACCAGGAUGUGAAGAGAACUGCCUGGCCCCCAUCUCUUCAUAGCCAAACUCUGGCCACCCACCUGCUUGCAGAAUGCAAGGAUCUCUGUUCACAAAUGGGUGCACAAGGGUCCUUCCCAGCACCUCCCACACCUGCACACUGUGGUGGCCAAGCAGUGUUGAUGAAGAGCAUGAUACGUGUGAGGCUGGCCCCAGGGCAUCCUUCUGCUGUCCCUUGGCUCCAGUGUGAGUGUGGACAAUGAGUCUGGGAUUGACACAGAAGCCUGCUAAUCCGCUAUGCUCAGCAGCAUUCUGGCGGAUCGGGAGCAAGAGCAUGGGGUUGAACAGGAGCAGGCUGUUUGCUAAGAGGCAAUGGGGCCAGGCAGCCUGUAAUCCUUGCCACUCAGAAGGCCGCACAAGAGGAUCAGAAGCUCAAAGCUUGUCUGGGCCAGAGUGACUUUAAGGCUAGCUGGGCCAAUUUAGCAUGCUCCUGUCUCAAAAUAAAAAGUAAAAAGCAA